UGUUUAUGUUAUGAGCAAGUCCAACAUUAUACUGCCAUGUGCAUCAUUCUAGAUCUGGUUCAUUGAAAUUGAAACCCUAACCCUAAUUCUUCAAUAAUCGUAAAAAUCUCAUAAUGCAGUUCUCCGCUAAAAGAUGAAACUUUCGAAAUUUGUGCAAAUUUGAAUCAGAAGCAAGAGCCAGACUCGUCUUGGAAAUUGAAUCCGACGGUUCCGCCCUUUACAAGCUCCCUAUUGUCGUUUUGCAGGUACACUAACCUUAUCCCAGUCAAAAGGGCGUUCUUCAGAAUUCUUGAAAACGUUUAUUCUGAUGAUCUUGUUAGUUUCACAAAUUGGGAAUCUGUAACUAAUUUCGUCAAAAGAUUUUUUUUUUUUUCGGCUCUUUGUUGAGAUUGAAGAAAUGUGGGUUUAUAAAUGAUGUUAGUGGUGAGAUUGGAAGAUUACUGCUUAAGUUGGACUCUGUUUUUUUUCUGCGAUUAUCAUUAGUGUUUGUUGUCAUUAUUUUCUGCAAUUUGGAGACUCGGAGAGCUUUUGGUGAUAUUUUUAUGUUCUUGUUACCUGUGAGAAAAGGAGUGAACUUUUAUUUAACUACACAUGGAGGCUUAAAUUCUGAGUUCUUGCAACAAUUAUUGGGUACUGGUUUUCUCUUUGGGUUGCGUUAUUGAAGGCUUCAUAAAGUUUGAAAGGCAACUUUCUUUAUGUUUUGGUAUGGUGGUUUUGUUUGUAAUGAAUGGAUAAUAAUGGGUAUAUAGCUAGUCUGGGAAGAUUCUAAAACUUGAAAUAAUGGAUUAAUCGCGAGCAAUGUAAUUGUUCAAGAAAAUGAGGAGGGGCUACCUUUUGAAUUACUCAAUUGCUUUUGUAGGUAUGGUGGUCUCUGUUUGUUGCCUUAUUGUUAUUAUGAUUUCAGUUCUUCGACUUCCUGAGAUUUCGGUAGGAAACAAACUAAUGGGAUCUUACAGGACCAUUAAAAGCAGGAAGGUUUCAAAGGAUGAAGGGAUAGGGAGGUUUGGUGAGAUGAUGAUAGAAAUGUUGCCUGAAGAUCUUGCAUUUACUGUCUUUAUACCUUCGGAGAGAGCUUUUGAGCGUGAUCUGAAGCUGCGGGUGAAUGAUAGUCUGGUAGCUGAUAAGAGAAAUGAUACUUAUGCUAUAGUUUCUAGGAUUUUGGGUUUUUCAGCUAUUCCUCGAACUCUUUCUGCAGCUAUGGUAUCCUCCAAUAAGGACGUCUCAUAUGAUUCAAUAUCUGGGUUUACGCUAUACAUUACGAAGGAUGUAGAUGGAAUGUUAAUAGUAAAUAGAAUUCGAUCAGAAAGAGUAGAUAUUAGGAGAAGGGAGAUAAUUGUUCAUAUCAUGGAUGGGGUAAUUAUGGAUGCCGAGUUUGAACAGUCAGUUCAGCCUGAUUAUGCUGAAGAAGAUUGAUUCGAGCAUUAUACUCUUAUGCAAGACUGAAGCAUGGGGAUUUAGCUGCUCUGCUCACGCAUAGCAUUCAAUUAUUGUGUUUGAAAAUUGUAUGAAAGAAAUUGCAAGUGUAAUGCAUUCACUUUUUCGGGUUGUUCUGCA